UCCCGGCCAUGUCGUCCUCCACCCGCGUGGCCCUGGUGACUGGGGGCAACAAGGGCAUCGGCUUCGCCAUCGUGCGUGAGCUGUGCCGCCAGUUCUCGGGGGACGUGGUGCUCACGGCGCGGGAUGUGACACGGGGCCAGACAGCGGUGCAGCAGCUGCAGGCGGAGGGCCUGAACCCGCGCUUCCACCAGCUGGAUAUCGACGACCUGCAGAGCAUCCGCGCCCUGCGCGACUUCCUGCGCCGCGAGUAUGGGGGCUUAGACGUGCUGGUCAACAACGCGGGCAUCGCCUUCAAGAAUGCUGAUCCUACACCGUUUGAUAUUCAAGCAGAGGUGACUUUGAAAACAAACUUUUUUAGUACCCGAAAUGCCUGCACAGAAUUACUGCCUCUGAUAAAACCCCAAGGCAGAGUGGUGAAUGUAUCAAGCAUGGUGAGCUUCUCUGCCCUUAAGUCCUGUAGCCCAGAGCUGCAGCAGAAGUUCCGCAGUGACACCAUCACAGAGGAGGAGCUGGUGGCGCUCAUGAACAAGUUUGUGGAAGAUACAAAGAAGGGAGUGCACCAGAAGGAGGGCUGGCCCAAUACUGCGUAUGGCGUGUCCAAGAUCGGGGUCACUGUCCUGUCCAGGAUCCAAGCCAGGAAUCUGAGUGCACAGAGGGAAGGUGACAAGAUACUCCUGAAUGCCUGCUGCCCAGGCUGGGUGAGAACCGACAUGGCAGGGCCAAAUGCCACCAAAAGCCCAGAAGAAGGAGCGGAGACCCCCGUGUACUUGGCCCUUUUGCCCCCAGAUGCUGAGGGUCCUCACGGACAGUUUGUUAGUGAGAAAAAGAUUAAGCAGUGGUGA